AUGGUCAGCAAAAUGUUCCAGCAUGUGAGGACGGCUCACGAGGCGAAUAAAACUAUGAACAAACCAAACGGCAGAUUCGUCACCAUGAAACCAAGGACGCCGACCGUGUCUGCCAGAUUCCACGACAGUCUGCAGCAACUGUUGGACUCCAUGUCUCAAUGCAAUCCAUGGUUCGUCCGGUGCAUCAAGCCAAACACGGAGAAGGCGCCGAUGAAAUUCGACAUGCCGUGCGUGCUGGAGCAGUUACGUUACACGGGGAUGCUCGAGACGAUUCGCAUUCGGAAGACUGGCUACCCGGUUCGGCUUCUUUUCGGACACUUCGUGGACCGAUAUCGGUACCUCGUUUCCACGCAUCUGCCCAGAGGUGCGCCGAACAAGGAGCUCUGCCGCUUGAUUUUGGACAAAGCCGCGCCGAAGGACGCGCAGUCCCAGUAUCAGCUCGGACUCACCAGGGUGUUCCUGAGGGAAUCCCUGGAGAGAACUCUGGAGUACAACAGGGCGCUGAUUUUGGAGAGGGCAGCCAUAACCGUUCAGAGGUACACGAGAGGAUUCCUCGCGAGAAGAAGGUUCCUCAACAUCUCACGAAGCACGGUACUGAUCCAGGCUGUUUACCGCGGCUACCGCGAGAGGAAGAAGUUCAACGCGUUGAAGAGAGGCGUACUCAUGGCGCAGAAGAUGUACAGGGGGAAGAAGCAGCGUGAGAAGUUCAAGGUGCUGAAAGAGGAAAUGGCGAAGAGGGCGGAGAUCGAGCGUGCCAGUAAGGAACGAGCCAAAGCGAAGCAGCAGAGAGAGGAGCAGGAAAGGACCUCCAGAGCAGUGGCCGGUGUUAAUCAUUUAGAAAUUCCUGCUGAACUCGCUUUCAUUUACAGCAAACUCGACGAUUGGCAACCCACGCAUACAGAGAGGAAUCUUCUAAAGGUGGUCGGCCAAGUGAUACCCAUGCACCAUAAUUACGGUUUGCCGAACGACAUCGAUCAACAUCAGUUCUCCAAGUUCACCAACAUUUACUUCAAGAGCCACAUCUUCGGGAUGAAACGUGAACCGAUAAAGACACCGUUCCUGGCGAAAGCUCGCGACCAGGAUUACACCGACUCGUUGAUGAUCUUCAAAAUGAUCCUCCGUUUUAUGAACGAGAACAACCUGAGCGGCAAGAGGGAACAGGCAUUGGGCGAUUACAUCGUGAACAAGGGGAUCGUCAAUGAGAAACUGAGGGACGAGAUCCUCUGUCAGCUGGCCAAUCAAACGUGGAAGAACGAGAACGACGCUAACAAAGAGAGAGGCUGGCUACUGCUGUCCAACUGUUUGUCCGCCUUUCAACCCAGCUCCACUUUGUUCAAGUACUUCCUCAAGUACGUGUCCGAUCACGCAUACGACGGCUACAAAGCUUACUGCCAGAGGAAGCUUCUUCAGGGGGAGAGGACGAUAUUCAGGGUAACGAGCAACAAUCAGCAAAUCGUUCAUCACGUACCGAGGAACUAUCCGCCGUGCGUGUUGGAGUGGAGAGCGAACAGGAAUCGCGUGAACAUGGCUCUGAGCGUAGGAUUCUACGACGGCGAAACGGUGACCUGCGCAGUGGACUCUUGGACGACUUGCGAGGAAUUAGCCAACCUGGCUGUUCACAAUCACGGCGUCGAUAAUUCAGGAUGGACGAUCACUUUGUGGAAUCAACUGGACGGCCCAGACGCAAUCGUGACGGAAACUAAUGGUUUCGACUACGUUCUGGAUUUAAUUUCAGAGUUGGAACUAGCGCCAGCGUUCCCCGCUGCUAAACACAUGUUCCUCGAGCAACGAAAGAACAGUUUCCCCCCGAUCAAGAAGCGAGAACACGCGCACAUAAUUCGCGAGCUGGAGCAGGAAAUAGAGCCACCGGUUCUAAAAACGUUCCAGCCCCUCGAGCGGAAACCAGUAUCGAAGGUUAUGGACAAACCUGUCGAACCGGAAAUUCAAUCGCCCAGAAGACCGGCUGUUCCUCCGCCACAGCCACCAGUCGCCAAGCCAUCGAUGAGGAAACAGUCGCACGAAGCCAUAUUGGAGAGCACAACGGAGACCGGGCUGUCGCGGAAAUCCGCUCUGAACGACAGAUACUUCGAGAAAGAGAAGCAACGUAGCCGUAGCUUGGACAACCUACUUCAACCGGAAGUUGUGUCACCGCCGGUGAAGCUAGCGAAUCUUGGAUUAUCCUCGUCGAGAUUGAACGAACGGUAUCACAGCCUUGAAAGAAUCGGCGAGACAUCGGCGGUCAGUAACGUGGAGUACAUGACGAGAAACGAGAUCACGCAAGAGAGGAAGUACAGUAGAAUAACCAGGACAACGGAGCCGAACAUCGAGGAAGAGGAUCUAACGAUCGACUUCGAGUAUCCUGAUAUUCAGUCGGUCAGCCAAACCGGCAGAUCUGAGGAUGACAAGAGCAGUUACAUACGAUCACAGACUAGGUUCAUUAAAUCUCAAUAUCCCGGUAAACGAGCGCUGCCAGGCAGUCAGUCGAGCCGCGCCUACAUCGAGAAAAGCGAGUACGGCGUAAAAUCGUCGGCGAUGUCUGACACGAGCGAGGCACCAUCCCUGGCGUCGCACGUGAGACGAGUCAGGGUACCUAGUCAAGCGUCAGACGUGGAUCAGUUCCUGGACGAGUUGUUCAUGCCGGUUCUAGACGGGAAUUUGGACGAGUUGUCCGACGCGAGAAGCUUGGCAGCUAGCAUCAAGGGCACGAAGGACGACAGGUCUCUCCAGAGUGAUGCUAUAAUUGUUGAAAAUUUCGAGAGGGAACUCGAGCCGAAGACUGUGGAAGAUUUCAUCGAAACGAUGAUCAGAAGGAACGACACAAGAGAAAGUGACAUCCUGACGGCGAAAGAACUGUCCGAGAGGAUCAAAGGCGGUGGUAACAUGGACAUACCGAAUCAGAACGCGACUUUCAACUUUGGCGCCAUUACGCCGGGAAUGAUGUCACCGCCGAUGAUGAUGCCAAUGUUCAGUACACCGCAGCAAGUGCCACCGGCGCAGAGCACCAGCAUGAACAUGAGCGCCGGGUUCAUGCCGAUACCGAUUUACAGCAUGCAAGGGCUCAGCCUCCCUCAAUACACGAGUUCACCGCCCAGUCAGAAUAACGACAUGAUGGCCUAUCAGCAGAAUCUGCAACGUGCGUUCCUGCAGAGCGCCAUGGCGCAGAACAUACAGAUUCAACAGCAGCUACUCGCGCAGAACCAAGCUCUUCAACAGCUGCUCGUGCAGAGCCCUCAGAACUCGUCGCAGCAACCGGGCACGGUGUUGUCCGCAGGCCCCUCCAGUAUGAAUCUUGUCCCCUCAGCCCCUCAAAACGGUGCCCAAAUGGGGCCCAAUGAUUCUAUUGGACGCUACUCCAAGGUGUCGUUCCGAGAGCCGGAGGAUGGCGAACUUUGGUCGACGGAGAAACAAGGAACGCCGCAAUCGGCGACGAACAACCAGCGACAGGAGAUGACGGUGAAGGCCCAGAUUCAUCGGUCUCAAAGCCCGCCGCGAAAGAACUCGGAAAUCGUGAGGAAAACCAGCGUGGAGUACGCGGUGAGGAAGGUCAGCCUCGACAGGAAGGUCGGUGACAAGAAGUCACCGGGUGCCACCGAUGCAAAGAGAGUCAACCCCAGCAACAAAAGCAACGUGCAGAACAACUUCACGAACGUGCUGAGCGAGCUGAAAAAUCGCAAGAGCAGCGUGGACAGUAACCUGUCGAGUUCGAGUAACAACAAGGGUGGUGUGCCGCCCCCGCCCCCUAUGCCGCCGCCAUUGGAGUCGCACGACCCUUCGGAGUCGAGGCCUUUCCUCGAUCCUUACGGAAGAGCGAAGACCGUUCGAAUCGGCAAAUGGAGGUGGCCACCGCCGAGCGACUCGAACGAGAACCAAAGUCAGGACAGCUUCAUAGAGUUCAAAAUGAGGCAGCAGCAACAGCAGCGCAAGAUCACGCCUCAGUAUCAGGAGUACAAUCAGGGCGAGGGAGAGCCGAGCACGGAGGGCGGCGUCGAAUGGGAGGAAUUCGAGAUCGAGAACAUCGUGGAGAGCAACGAGAAGACGGUGGUGAAUCACGCGCCAGCUCCGGCCGCGAAACACGUGGAGAACGGAUACAAAGAGGAAGGGGAGAAGAAGAAGAAAAAGUCAAAGUCCGCGUUGGAAGUAGGGGCGCAGAGGCCAUCGCCAGGGAGUAUAGGGAAACUGAAGCUCAGUUCGGAAAUGAGACAACGAUUGGAAAAGGUGACGGCGAAUCACAGCGUUAGAUCUACGAAAACCACGGAGAAGCCUGCCCUGCCGCGCGAGGAUGGCAAAGUGAAACGUUUGGAGGACAACAGGAAACUUUUGCUCGAACAGCAGCUAGGAGGACGAUGGGACGAUUAUGCAUCCACGGCUGAUGACACGCAAAGCGUCACUUCGAAAGGCACGACCGACAUGAUGACUCAAGCGCAAGUUGUCAGAACGCAGAUCGAGAGAAUGGAGAGGCCUGUGCCACCUCCGCUUCCGGUCACACCUCCGCAACCCCCUAGUCCACGUGGUGGAAGCAUGUACAGCAAUAGCCAAUCGGGUGUACCGCAACCGAGAUCGCCCCCGGUCCCAAUCGAGCCGAAAACCCGAGAUUCCUUCAGAACGUCCCCCGACUCCGAGGCGUUCGACCACUUCUCCAAGACCCAACGCGACAUGUUCAGCCAGAGCAGGGACAUAUUCGCGUCCCAGCAGCACCUGAGAGAGAAUCACGAGUACAGAAACGACUUCGACAAGCCGCGAUCGCAGGACCAAAAGUCCAAGGACUUUUACGGGAAGGACAGCACGGAUCUGGCCAGCUCCGCCAGAGACAGGAGCUCCGACUUCGACUCUCGCCGCGACUUGAGCUCCGACAUCUUCGAUCCCAAGUACGCGAGAGACAUAUUCGAGAACACAAGCUCGAAGAGAGAUCCGUUCGGCAUGGCCAGGGACGUGUCGCCAAAGUCGAGGGACAGCUUCGGCAUGCCGUCGACGCGUGACUUUGGCCUGAUGCCGAACACGAGGGAAUCGUUCGCCGCUGCUCGUCAGAGCUUCAAGAAACUGGACCGCGACAUGGACAGAAGAUCCAGCGUCGCCUCGACCCAUCGCACCGACAAGAUGGAGAGGAUCGAGAUUGAAGAAUGGCCCGAGUUCCUCCGACCGGUGAUGCCACCGGCAGAGAAGCCAGAGAUAGAAAAGGUGCAGGAGGUCGUCAACACGAAGCUUUACCCUCAAACGUCCACGGCUCAUUUCACGUACAACAGGGUGACGUGGACGCUGAGGGUGAAGAAGGAGGUGUUCGCUCCCAACGAGACGUUGAACAGCCCUCUGGCGCUUCAUCUGGUGUUUUGUCAGGUGGCUUACGACGUUCUCGCCACGUCUAACAUCCGAAUCACGAAGGAGGACAGGCAGAACAUGCUCAAAAUGUUGGACAAUUACGGCAUCACCCUGGACAAUUUGCAGAGUACUCAGCACAAAAUCACGAUAAAGAAAAACGUCGUCGACAUGGCCAAACAAUGGCCGCUGUACUUUGCCAGGAUAUUCCCGGUAUCGAUCGGCCCGCAACACCCAGAAACCCAACACGUGGCGGUGUCUCAUCACGGCCUUCGGCUCAUAAAGCGUACACCAAACGGCGAUUUAGUCAUUUUGGAGACACUGCCGCUGGAGGAGAUUGUCUCAGUGAGUUCUCCGAGGGCUGGCGUGUGCGUGAUGCACAUCGCAUCGGGUGUCAGGCUACCCUUGCACACAAAUCGAGCGCCACAGCUAACGGAGAUGAUCGGCACUUACAUCAGAAUGGUGGAGCAGAAGCCGCUGCACAAGUCGAAUCAUCACGAGAAUCACGUGUCUCAGAUCACGAAAUCGAUCCAAUCGCAGGCGAAUCACAGCACGUCGAAUCACGUUCAAUCCCACGGCCAGGCUAAUCAUAUUAUCUCGAACCACGAGAACCACGUGUCCGUCGGUCGUGUGCCGAACCACGUGUCGGCGACAAACCAGACGAACCAUCAGAAAAACCAGCAGAACCAGCGGCUCAGCCCGAAUCAGGAAUGGCGGCAACCGGAAGACAACGGCAGAUUGCAAGAAGAUGGCAUCUACGAGAGCGGGCCGGUCGUCAACGACGGAAAACACUCUCUGCUGCAGUACGCCAUGCUCAACUUUAGACAAAGCACGGAGAAGUUUGAGAUGCUGAAGACAGCAGACGGAUCCAUCAGUGGAUCCCUUAAAGUAAUUGAAUCACUGAAGAGUAAAAAGAAGAAUAAGAAGAACAAAGGUCAACAGGAUGGUGCGGAAUGGACUUGGAAGGAACAAGUGGAUCUUGUAAAAUAUUCUCCUGUGCCAAUAGAACAGAGUCUUUUGAGACUUGACGGUGAUUUGAGUACCUUAGCAGUGGAAUGCUUUCUGUGUCUGAUGAGGUACAUGGGCGAUCAACCUUUGCCUCCAGAUACUAGCGAAGUAAAAUGCGUUUACACCAUUCUGAUGCAUUGUCACAAGUAUGAACUACUUCGUGAUGAAGUUUACUGUCAAUUGAUGAAACAAACUACAAACAACAAGAGCCCAAAUCCAGACAGUUGUCAACGUGGUUGGAGAAUCUUCAGCAUUGUUGCCGCUUACUUCACUUGCAGCGAUGGUCUAAGGCCUUAUCUAACUAAAUAUCUGGAAACUGCAGCUUAUGAUAAAAGAAGAGCUUACCAUGGAACAGCCACAGUAUGCUUGCAAAAUCUCAGGAAGACAGUUAAAUAUGGAGGAAGGAAAAACGUGCCAAGUGUGGAUGAAAUUAUGGCAAUUAGUGCGGGUAGGAAUGCAAAGAGGCAGAUUUACAGACUACCAGGUGGAACAGAAAGAGUUAUUAACACCAAAUGUACAACUGUCGUGCAGGAUGUUAUCGAAGAAAUGUGCAAUAUAAUAUCUGUAAGAAAUCCUCAUGAAAUGGAUGAAUUCUCGUUAUAUUGUAUCGUCGAUGGUGAUGCAUUUACGAUGCCCUUAGCCAGGGAUGAAUAUGUACUAGAUGUAACUACAGAAUUGCAUAAAAAUCAUCAAGUCUUCUACUUAAUAUUCUGCAGAUCUGUAUGGUAUUAUCCUCUCCGACUGGAUGCCCCAUUGUAUAUAGAAGUUGUGUUCAAUCAAAUUGCCCCAGAUUAUUUGGAGGGUCUUCUCUUAGUUUUACCUGGUGAACAUUUACCUCAAGAAGUCAUAUACGAUAUGGCACAAAUCGCGGCUCUUUUACAUAGGGCAGCGGAUAUGACCCAUGAACCAACAACGAAAGAAAUUAAGUACUUAUUACCGAAACCAGUACUUAGUUUGAGAGAACCACGACCGCAACAGUGGUCAAAUAUGGUCCAACAAGCAUGGAAUAACGUGCAACACAAUACAGUAGCUGCUUGUAAAGCACAAGUACUUGAGAUUUUAUGGAAGUGGCCAUUAUUUGGAUCUAGUUUCUUCGCCGUGAAAAGGGUGCCUGAAGGAAAAGAGAAGGGUGGUGAUCAUAUUUUGGCACUCAACAGGCAUGGAGUGCAUUUCAUUGAUUUAAUCACACACGAAACCCUAUAUCAUUAUCCUUACUCCGAGGUAAUAUCCACGAGAAAAGUGAAAUCCGAGGAAGGAAUCCUUUACCUUGAUAUGAAAUGCGGUAAUUUAAUGCAACAACGUAUCACCCGACUUCAGACUGAACAAGCUCACGAAAUUUCGCGAUUAAUUAGACAAUACAUUACCAUGGAACAAAGAGCCACCAAUGCUCAAGGUGCUGGCAUUGGGUUCGGCAUGAGAUAAAAUUCUCAGUCUGCAAGAGACAUGCAAUCCUUUGAUAUUGUCUAAACAAGAAACGAAUAGAUUGUAAAUAAAUAUUUAAGAAAAACGAUUUCGAAAUGAAGAAAGAGAUAUCUCUAAACAUCUUCGAAGAAAGUUUCAUCAGAAAAGAAAAAGUUCGAUAAUUGCUCAUGAUGUUACAAAGUUUCAAAGAAUUGUCAAUAAAAUUACUUUUAUUCUUUUCUUAUUUAUUUAUUCAAAGAGCGGACGAUUUGAUUAAAAUCGUGUAAGAAACCAAGCAAAUUGGUGUCUUUUGACUAGUGAAUACGUCCAAUUAGAAACAAGAACACAAAAUCAAGAGAAAUACAGCUCAUCUGACGAUAUUGUUAUAGAUAGAAUCAUCUUUCAAGUCGUGACAAGGUAUUUUUUUAUAUUUUUUCCUCAGUCUGAAAAAUACCUUUUUAUACGACUGCAUCAAAAAUAAGUCACAAACUCAUACCUCGAGAGAAGAGUAUCACUUUGAAUCGAACUAAAAACUAUAAACAGCAUUCCAAUGUUCAAAUCAUCGUUUCAUAAAAUAAUAAGACAAUUUAAUUACACAACAGUCUUAAGAAUGAGAAUUAAUUUUAUACAUACCGUUGAUAUAUUGAAGAGAGGGAAGAAAGAAAUGAAGAAGAGAAACGAAUGCUCAAAGUAUCUAAGCGAUUAUUCUCAACUCUGUAAAUACGCGUUUAGAAAUGUCUAGAGAAAGAGAGAACUGUGUGAAAAGCUGAACGAGAGAACGACGGUUCUGUAAAAUGAGAAACAUCGAGCCAGAAGCUUUUCAAUAAGAUUCAAUGACAGAACGCGUCGAUAUUCUCGAUGGCUGUUGCGUUUUCCGGUUGAUUUCUUUUUCUUUCAGUCCCAGUGAGGGCAAUUUUCUUUUCGUUUGUCUCAAAAUCGAGGAAAUUGUCGAUCAUCUUGAAUAAUGAGGAAAAUGAAUAACGUGUCACGACAUUGGAUAGGAUCGAUUUAUUUAUAUAAAAGUGUAUAAGAGAAAGAAACAAUACGGUAUACGUAAAAGUUAAUGUAAAUCCAUUUAAAUGCUAAUACCUUUAAUGAAUACGUUCUGAUGGAGACUAACAAACUGCGGUUACAUGUUUAUCACAAGGAGACAUUAUUAUUAAUAAUUGUACGUAUGCGUAUCGAUGUGAACGGAAAUGUUAAAAACUUUAUAUUAAAAGUUUCUACUUAUACAAAAAUUA